CUGCAAUUUUUCCUGACAGCACUGACUUGAACUACCUCCCACUCUAUCUUCAUCAGCAACCCUCCCUACUGACAGUGUGUCAUUGUAGGACCAGUUGGACAAGCACUGAUUUACAACAGCAGUAACAAGGUGUGUCUGCUUCUCGCUGCAGUCAUGACUGAUUCCUUUCAGAAGGCUGUGGAGGAGGUGAAGGUACUACCUAAAAGACCAGAUCAGACAGAAAUCACCCAACUAUAUGGUUUAUAUAAACAAGCCAUAGUUGGUGAUGUUAACAUAGAACGUCCAGGGAUAUUGGACUUUACAGGAAAAGCAAAAUGGGAUGCUUGGAAAGCAAACCAAGGUCUGACCAAAGAUGAAGCAAUGGCAGCUUAUGUUCAGUUGGUAGAGCAGCUAAAGGCCAAAUAUGGAAACCAAUGAGUUUGUAGUUUUUCUCCCGUUUGCUUCUCACUUGAAGCUUCAAAGUAGAAAAAAAAGUAGAACUUAUUUGACAUGUUGCUGCAGUGUUUGGUACAUUACAACUGAGUAAGUAUACAUGCUAGAGGGGAAAGCUAAUUUGAAUUUCCACCAUUUAAAGGAAUAGGUCACCUUUUUGUGAAAUACAUUGUCGAGCUUUCUUGCUCAAAGCCUGUUUGUAGGUGUGUCUGAUUGUUGUACAACUAAAUCCAGCAAGCAUUUAGCUCAUCUUAGCAUUAGAACUUGAGGAAACUGCCUCUGCCUACCUUUUGUGGAAGCCAGAGUAGCUGGUUUAACAUGAAAGCCCUGUUGGUGCAACCAGGUCCCCAUUACUGCUCGCUUCAUUUUAGCAUACAGAUAUCAGGGUGCCAUCAAUUUAUUUCUUUCUCACCAAGACAGCAAAUACAUGUGUUUCCUACAAUUCUAAACUAUUCCCUUAAAUGCAGUUACUUUGCCAUCAUCUGUAUACAAGACUGAUGAUCACAAAUAAAGUCUUGUUCUUUUCCCCUCA